UUGGAUUUGUAUAUUUCUUGAUUGGCAACCAACUUAUUAAUAUUGUGUAUCAUAAGUUGUCUAAAUAAACAACACUUGUCUGCGUGCGCCACCUCGUAUCCUGGGUCGUAGUAAAAAGCAAAGAAAUGUCACUCUCAUAAGAGUCGCCCACCCGUGUGUUUAGUAUACAAAAAUAUCGUGGCUCGGGCUAGCCCUUAUCAAACAUCAACAAACUGGUUGGAAAAUAUGUCAGAAAUUUGUUUAAUAUGUUUGAAAACUCCUUCGGAAUUAAUAAAAGUUUCAAAAGACGAAUCUCAAAACACGGAUAUCGUACAACAGCUAGCAGAAUGUGUGCCAGAAUUGAACUGGGAGCGCUCUUUUUUUGUAUGUGUUAUCUGCAGGCAGAGGCUGUAUGAUGUACAUUCUUUUAAAAUAUUAUGUAUUAACUCCUAUAAUUGGUAUUGGUCACUAAAGGAUCAAGUGGUUAAAGAUGAAGAUUUAACUAUUAAAGAAGAUCUUCUUGAACCUGUAAAAGAUGAAAAUAAUGAAGAAGAUGAGGAUUCUUCAUUGGAAAAUAAUUUACCAUCAGAUGAUGAUGAUGAUUCUGAUUCUGAUUUUAAAGCUGAACCAGUCGUACAGAAACCAAAGAAAAGACGAAAAGAAAAAACAUUGGAAGAUAAAAAGGUUUUAUGUAAAAUUUGUGGAAAACAAUAUGCAUCAAAAUAUGUGUUAAAGAAACACACAAAAAUUUGCGAACUUAAACAUGACAGUGGUAGCAUUGGAGGGGAUGACAAUGGUCAGCCAAAAGUUCCAAGCUGUGCUGAAUGUGGACUGACUUUUACAAAUAAAUAUAUGCAAAAAAGACAUUUUGACAAUGUUCAUAGCAACAAAGAUAAGAAAUUUACUUGUGAUAUAUGUAAUCGAAGUUUUGCAUCAAUGGUUUAUCUCAAUGCCCAUAAAAGAUACCAUUCUGGUGACAGACCACACGUUUGUUCCUUUUGUGGUAAAGGCUACAUAACUGCCAGUGACUUGUAUCACCACGAAAAAAUUCACGCAAAUAAAAGAAACUACAGGUGCGAAAUUUGUCCGAAAGCUUUUAACACAUCUUCUGACUUAUACAAACACAAAAUGUGUGUUCAUAUGGAUAGAUCUCAGUGGAAAUACACUUGCGAUGUUUGUGAUAAAAAGUUUCCUUUGAAAAUAAACUUAGAUAGUCACAAAAAGACGCACACGGGGGAAAGGAAUUUUCCUUGUCAUCUCUGUGACAGGAAGUGUAUAAAUAUGUCAGUAUUAAAACGUCAUAUCAUAACUCACUCUCACUUUUAUCCGUUUAGGUGUGAGAUUUGUGAUCAAGGCUAUAAGUUCCAAAAGUCUUUGGAUAUACAUAAAUCGAAAGCACAUGGAAUAGGUAAUAUUAAGGUUAAACCUUCUAUUAAAAAAUUUAUUUGUCCUUUGUGUAGCAAGGCAUACACAGCAAAUAAUAAACUGCAGAAGCAUCUCAGGGCUCAUGUAGGGGAAAAGCCUUUUAAAUGCCCUGAAUGCCACAAGGGAUUUACUGACAAGAGUUACGUAAAACAACACUUGAAGGUGUUGCAUAAUAUACCAAGUGAUGACAUGAAGUAAACUACCAACCCCGAAAAACGUCGAAAAUCAAACUGGAAUUUGGCUGCCUCUGAUAAAUAUGUACAUAUAUUAUUUUUAUUUGUUACGCUAAGAUAUUGGUUGCGGAAUAAUUUUAACGUACUCUAAGUAUAAAUUAUAUUUUUUAAUAAAAAUAUCGUUUUAU